AUUUCGUUGCAUUUGAACUCACAAUCUACCGGAAGCGGCAGUGACGUAAGCGCUGACGGACGUCACAUCUCCGAGUGACCACUUAAGUCCGAGGGGCUGGUAGACUCCUCCGAGACAACAGAUCAGUCACAUCUCCUCCUUCACGCAAGCAUGAAUAAAGAAACCACGAGGGCUAGGGCUGGCGGCCCUUUAAUCAUCGGCACCGGACUCCCACGCACAGGAACCACCUCAUUGUACGAGGCUCUCGAAACUCUCGGAUUUACACCUUGCCAUCACUUCCGCUCAAUGAUAGCAGGCGAUUGGUUUCCGUACCGUCACUCUCGACUCUGGAGCAAAGCAGCCAAGACUCAAGACAAGGAUACUCGACAGGAAAUACUGCACCACCUCUUGACCGAGCGGGGAUGUAAGGCUGCGGUGGAUUAUCCAACCUCUUGUUUCGUCGACGAUCUGGUCGAAAUGUAUCCAAAUGCAAAGUUCAUCCACGGCGAACGCUCCUCCCCCGAAGUGUGGCGCAAAUCGUUCAAUGAAACCAUCGGCCGCCUCCAACAAGACAAAGUCGCGUACUAUGCAGCCUACCUGAUCCCCCUCUUUCGUUUUGCCCUCGUACCCAUAUACAGUGCGAUGGACGAGCGGAAUGUGAGGAUCUUCAGCGCAAGUAUCUUCAACCCCGACAGCCAGAUCGAACUAUACCACCGCCAUAACGCAUUCAUGCGUCAAGUCGUGCCCAAGGACAAACUGCUCGAAUACGAUCCUAAGCAAGGCUAUGAGCAGCUCUGCAAAUUCCUCAACGUUCCUGUUCCGACGGAUGAGCGAGGUAACAAACUCGACUUUCCGCAUGCGAAUGACAGCGAACGAUUCAAACGAGGGUGGACGUUUGCAAUCGUCUUGGGGUGCACGACUUGGUUGGGUGUGGUUGGCGGAGCAUAUUACAUGGCUAGGAGCAUUGCGCGUGCCACGAGCUAGACUCGCUCGAUAAUCCAAUUCUCUCCGCUCUACGUAUGACGCCGUCUUGUCAAAAGUACCGUAGACGGCUCGAGCAAGAUUUGAAGCUG